UACUUUUCUUCACACGUCAAUCUAUCCAAAUCCACACACACACAACAAUCCCAAAAUCCAUCAAACAAAACUUCCAAUUUGCAAAACUAACUCCAACUGUUCUUCUUUUUCUCCUCUUAUGUCCACUUCUUGAUAUAAAGAAUAGUACUAAUAAUGGGCACAGUUUCAAGUGGCAUUGGCUUUCUUUCACAGUUUUUCGCAAGUGAUUAUGCUGCUUCUACUCAUCAGUUUUGUUGUUUUUCAGCAAAUUCAAGUCCACUGCAUGUGAAUUUCUCAAGGAGUGCUGCUGGUUGUUUGGUGAAAAGGAGUUCUUUGUUAAGUAGUAGAGUUUCAGUUUUAACUGCUGGUAAUUCUAAGAUUGAUGGAGUUGAUGAUCAGUUAUCUUUGUCCUCUGAUGAAAUUAAACCAGCUCGGAGGCUUCAUGCUCGGCAGUUUGGGAGUAAGAAGAGACAUAUUUUCUAAAUAAGAGAGUUUAAUAAUUGAAGGGGGUGUUAAUUGUGUGGAGUUUUGAAUUCAACUCUAGUCCAGAGUUGUUGAGUUAUUGUGUAGGUUGUUGUGUCCUGGAGGGUACAAGUCAAAGUGUGUUACUGCUGGAUUGGAGAAACAAUUGUCGCAGUGGACUUGAAUCUCCUGAAAGAGAGAGAAUCAAUGGCAACAACUGAAAAUUUCGCGGAUGUCAAGAUGGGGAUCUCAACAAGCUAUUUCGGUGCAACGGUACUCACUUCAAGAGGUGGAAAGUGGUAGAAGAAGAAGCAAGGGGCCAAGAUGCACUUAUGCAAACAGAAGAGAACAACAUCACACUGAAGUUAUCGGAAACCUGAGCCUACACCUCAGGCAAACGUUACCGAAGAAUCUUUUGUGGCAGUGAUAACAGACAUAGACAUGGUGGUGAAUGUUGAUGGAUGGUGGGCUGACUCUAGUGCAAACCGUCAUGUCUGUUAUGAUAAAGACUGGUUUAAAAAGUAUAAAAACUUUGAGGAGCCCAAAACCAUCAUCCCUGGAGAUUCACAUACAAGUCAAGUACUUGGAGUGAGAGAUGUCGAGUUGAGAUUUACUUCAGGAAGGGUAUUAAUCUUAAAAGAUGUGCUAUGUACUCUUUCUAUGAAGAAAAAUUUAAUGUCGAGUUUUCUUCUUAAUAAGGCAGGCUUCAGACAGAUUAUUGAAUCGGAUGAGUAUAUAAUUGUGAAAAAUAAUAUUUUUGUGGGGAAAGGUUAUACAUGUGAUAGUAUGUUCAAAUUGAGCGUUGAGAUGAACAAAUCAUCUACUUCUGUUUACAUGCUUUCUUCUAUUAAUUUUUGGCAUUCUCGUUUGUGUCAUAUAAAUGAACGUUAUGUGGGAAUCAUGAGUAGUUUAAGAUUAAUACCAAUGAUAAAAAAGAAUUUUGAAUGUGAAGCUUGUAGUAAAGUUAAAAUCACAAAAAGGUCUCACUUCUGUAUUGAAAGAAAAAUUGAUUUAUUAGAAUUAGAUCAUAGUGAUUUUUGUGAACUUGGUAGAAUUUUAACUUGUGAAGGAAAUAGAUAUUUUAUCAUUUUUAUUGAUGAUUUUUCUAAGUUUACAUAUGUUUACUUAAUGAAAAAUAAAAGUGUUGCAUUUGAGAAUUUUAAUAAUUUUCUCCAUGAAGUUGAAAAUCAGUUUAAUAGAAAAAUAAAAAGAAUAAGAAGUGAUAGAGGUCGUGAAUAUGAGACACAUGAGUUCAAUUCUUUUGUAAGAUCAUUGGGUAUAAUUCAUGAAACUCCUCCUCCUUAUUCUCCUGCAUCUAAUGGUGUAACGGAAAAGAAGAACAGAAUUUUGGUUGAGUUAACUAAUGCCAUGUUAAUGGAGUCUUGUGCACCUUUAAGUUUUUUGGGUGAAGCUCUUUUGACUGCUUGUUAUGUGUUGAAUCGUGUGCCUAAUAAAAAGACGAAAUCAACGCCUUUUGAAUUGUGGAAAGGUCAUAAGCGAAAUGUGGGAUAUCUAAGAGUUUGGGGUUGGUUAGCCUAUGUAAGAUUAAUGGAUCCUAAAAUCUUUAAGUUGGGUAAAAAAGUUACUACUUGUGCUUUUCUUGGUUAUGCUUCAAAUAGUACAACCUAUAGAUUUUUUUAAUCUUGAAGAUAGCGUGAUAAUAGAAUCAGGUGAUGUUAUUUUUCAGGAAGAUAAAUUUCCUUUUGAUUCUAAAAAUAGUGGGGCUCAUGGGACUAAAGAAAAUAUUUUAACACUACCUAGUUCUUCUACUUCUGCUUUAAAUAAUAAUGAAAAUGAUGAUUUUGAGUUAAGAAGAAGUAAACGAGUUAGAGUAGAAAAAGACUUUGGUCCUGAUUAUUAUGUUUUUAAUGUUGGAAAUGACCCUAUCACUUUAAAAGAAACUUUGUCGUCACAUUAUGCUAUUUUCUGGAAAGUGGAUGUAAAUGAUGAAAUAGAAUCGCUAAUUUCCAAUCAAACUUGGAAGCUAGUUGAUUUACUACCGGGUUGUAAAACAAUUGGAUGUAAAUGGGUCUUACGUAAAAAAAUUAAAACUGGAUGGAUCUGUUGAUAAAUAUAAAGCUAGGUUAGUUGCUAAAGGUUUUAA